CGCCCUAAACCCUUGCAGUCUGCAGCUCUAUAGACUCUACCUUCUCAGUCUCUCAAAGCUUGUCUUCUAAAACCUCUAAAACCCCAAUCCCUGAAAGCUACCCACGCACAAUAUAUAUACAUAUCACUCGUUGCAUACAGCCACCACUAUCGUUUUGUGAAAAUGGCGGCGUCUUCCCAGAAACCCCAAGGCAAGAAGAAGGCCAGAGACCCCCCAAAGUUCAACAAGUCCUCCAAAAAGCCAUUCAAACCAAACAAGGACCGAAACGACACCGCCCGGUCCGAAGCCGUCGCUUUGCAGCUGGAAGACGACGUCCCUGAUUUCCCCAGAGGCGGAGGAAGUGCUUUGAACAGACAGGAGCGCGAUGAAAUUCGGGCUGAAGUCGAUGCAGAAUUUGAGGCAGAGGAGCGGGAGAUGAAGAAAAGAAAGAAGAUAGGGAUGCAGAAGAAGAGUCUCUCUUCGGAGGACGAUUUAGGUUCGCUUUUCGGUGAUGGUAUUACUGGAAAACUACCUAAAUAUGCAAACAAGAUCACUAUGAAGAACAUAUCUGCUGGAAUGAAGGUUUGGGGAGUUGUUGCUGAAGUAAAUGAGAAGGACCUUGUAAUUAGCCUUCCAGGGGGAUUGCGUGGAUUAGUUCGUGCUUCUGAAGCUUUGGAUCCUAUUUUGGAUAAUGAAACGAAGGCUGUAGCAGAUAAUCUCCUUGCUAGCCUAUUCCAUGUUGGACAGCUGGUAUCUUGCAUUGUGUUGCAGUUGGAUGAGGAUAAGAAAGAGAAAGGGAAAAGGAAGAUCUGGCUUUCUUUGCGCCUAUCUUUGUUGCAUAAGGGCUUCACUUUGGAUUCUGUCCAAGAAGGCAUGGUCCUUACUGCAUAUGUUAAAAGCAUUGAAGAUCAUGGUUACAUUCUUCAUUUUGGCUUAUCUUCAUUCACGGGGUUCUUGCCAAAAAAUUGCCCAGCUGAUAGCAAGGAGAUUCAAGUGAACACUGGGCAACUACUUCAAGGCGCUGUUAGAAGUAUUGAUAAAGUCCGCAAGGUUGUGUAUUUGAGUUCAGACCUAGAAACUGUAUCAAAAUGUGUGACCAAGGAUCUCAAGGGAAUUUCAAUUGAUCUACUUGUUCCAGGCAUGCUGGUUAAUGCUCGUGUGCUAUCCACCCUUGAAAAUGGGGUUAUGUUAUCAUUUCUUACUUACUUUACUGGAACUGUUGACAUAUUUCAUCUGCAAAAUAGUUACCCUACCCUAAACUGGAAGGAGGAUUAUAAUCAACACAAGAAGGUUAAUGCUCGAAUAUUGUUUAUUGACCCUUCAACUAGAGCUGUUGGUUUGACACUGAAUCCACAUCUUGUCCGCAACAAGGCUCCUCCUUCACCUGUCAAAAUUGGAGACAUAUGUGAUGGCUCAAAAGUAGUCAGGGUAGAUAGAGGGUUGGGUCUUCUGCUUGAAAUACCAUCUACCCCAGUUUCAACUCCGGCAUACGUUAGUAUAUGUGAUGUGGCUGAAGAGGAAGUUCGGAAGCUUGAAAAGAAGUUCAAGCAAGGUAGUCAUGUUCGCGUCAGAGUUCUUGGUUUUAGGCACUUAGAAGGACUUGCGACAGGGAUUUUGAAGGCCAGUGCUUUUGAAGGAACAGUGUUCACUCACUCAGAUGUCAAGCCUGGGAUGGUGGUGAAAGGUAAAAUCAUAGCUGUUGACAGCUUUGGUGCUAUAGUGCAAUUUCCUGGUGGUGUGAAGGCACUUUGCCCUCUUAAUCAUAUGUCUGAAUUUGAAAUUGCAAAGCCUAGAAAAAAAUUUAAGAUUGGAGCUGAACUUCUGUUCCGUGUGCUUGGUUGCAAGUCCAAGAGAAUAACCGUUACACACAAGAAAACACUUGUGAAAUCUAAUCUUGGGAUUGUAAGUUCAUAUGCUGACGCAGCUGGUGGAUUAAUAACCCAUGGCUGGAUAAGAAAGAUUGAAGAACAUGGAUGCUUUAUCCAUUUUUACAAUGGGGUCCAAGGAUUUGCACCAAGAUCUGAACUCGGAUUAGAACCAGGAUCCGAUCCAAGUUCCAUGUAUCAUGUUGGGCAAGUUGUCAAAUGUAGAGUUAUUAAUUCUAAUCCUACAUCAAGGCGGAUCAAGCUUAGCUUCAUAAUAAGGCCCCCAAGGGUUUCUGAGGAUGAUAUGGCCAAGUUGGGUUGCCUUGUUUCAGGAGUUGUUGAUCGAGUAACCCCCAAUGCUGUUUAUGUUAAUGGAAAAGGUUACUCGAUGGGUACAAUUUUUACUGAACACUUGGCAGAUCACCACGGGCUUGCUGCUUUGAUGAAGUCAGUUUUGAAGCCUGGAUAUGAAUUUGAUCGGUUGCUGGUAUUAGACAUUGAAGGGAACAAUCUGAUCCUCUCUGCAAAAUAUUCUCUGAUUAAUUCAGCUCAGCAGCUUCCCUCAGAACUUAGUCAAAUUCAUCCUAACUCAGUAGUACAUGGCUACAUUUGUAACUUAAUUGAAACUGGGUGCUUUGUGCGCUUUCUUGGGCGUUUGACUGGUUUCUCCCCCAGGCAUAAGGCAAUGGAUGACCAUAAAGCUGAUCUUUCAGAAGCCUAUUACAUUGGACAAUCUGUUCGCAGUAAUAUACUCGAUGUUAGUAGUGAAACAAGUCGAAUAACUCUGUCGUUGAAGCAGUCGUCUUGCACUUCAACAGAUGCGUCCUUUAUUCAGGAAUACUUUAUUUUGGAGGAAAAGAUUGCUAAGCUGCAAUUGUUGGACUCAAAAGAACCCAAGUCAAAUUGGUCAGAAGGAUUUACAAUUGGCAGUGUUGUUGAGGGAAAAGUACAGGAGGUAAAGGACAUUGGAGUUGUUGUCGGCUUUGAGAAAUAUAAUGAUGUCUUUGGUUUCAUCACACACUAUCAAUUAGGUGGUACCAAUGUAGAAACAGGCUCCAUCAUUCAAGCAGUUGUCCUCGAUAUUGCCAAUGCAGAGCACCUUGUUGAUUUAUCGCUGAAACAAGAGUUCAAUAAUAAAUUAAAAGAAAGUUCUAACAGCCAAACUCAUAAGAAGAAACGAAAAAGAGAAGCUUCAGAUGGCCUGGAGGAACAUCAGACAGUAAAUGCAAUUGUUGAGAUUGUGAAGGAGAAUUACCUGGUUCUUUCAAUCCCGAAGUAUAACUAUGCUAUAGGAUAUGCAUCAAUCUCUGACUACAACACUCAAAAAUUUCCUCAGAGACAGUUUUUGAAUGGACAAAGUGUCAAUGCCAUGGUCAUGGCCCUUCCAAGCCCUACAACAGCAGGAAGGUUGCUUAUGCUACUUAACUCUCUAAGUGAGUCCGCUGAGACAUCCAGUUCAAAAAGGGCAAAAAAGAAGUCCAGCUAUAAAGUGGGAUCUGUGGUUCAGGCUGAGAUUACUGAAAUAAAGCCUCUUGAACUAAGAUUGAAAUUUGGAAUCGGCUUUCAUGGGCGAGUUCAUAUAACAGAGGUAAAUGAUGAGCUUCUGGAAGAACCAUUUAAUAACUUCAGAAUUGGGCAAACAGUGACUGCAAGGAUCGUUGCUAAGACUAAUUAUUCAAAUAGCAACAAAAAGAGCUAUCAGUGGGAUCUUUCCUUGAAACCUACCAUGCUAACAGGUUCCUGCGAAAUAGGGGAGAAGAUUAUGACUGAAGAUCUCGAUUUCUCAACAGGGCAAUGUGUCACUGGUUAUGUUUAUAAAGUGGAUGGUGAAUGGGUCUGGUUGACCAUAUCUCGAAAUGUUAGGGCUCAGCUUUUUAUUCUUGAUACUGCUUGUGAGCCUAGUGAACUUCAAGAGUUUCAGAAACGCUUUCAUCUGGGAAAUGCUGUAUCUGGUUAUGUAUUAAGUGUUAACAAGGAGAAAAAGCUAUUGCGACUAGUUCUGCAUCCUUUAUUUCCCGUCUCUGGCAAAACUGUUGAUCAUGAAGUUUCAAAGAUGGAAGAUCCGCACAAUAACAUCUUGAAUGAGAAUGUAACUGCUCAUAUUCGCGAGGGAAGUGUUGUAGGUGGGAGAAUAAUAAAAAAACUUCCGGGUGUUGGUGGUUUGACCGUGCAAAUUGGUCCCCAUAUGUAUGGCAGGGUUCAUUAUAGUGAACUUUCUGACUCAUGGGUUACUAACCCAUUGUCUGGAUAUCAUGAAGGGCAAUUUGUCAAAUGCAAGGUCCUUGAACUUAUCCGCUCUGUAAGGGGAACUUAUCACAUAGAUUUGUCAUUACGCUCUUCUUUAGUUGGCAUGCUUGGUCCAGAUUGCAAGGGAUCCCAUGAUGGCACGCAUGCUCAUACCAAACGCGUGGAAAAGAUCGAAGAUCUUAAUCCUAAUAUGAUGGUUCAGGGUUAUGUGAAAAAUAUUACUCCAAAAGGAUGUUUUAUUUUUCUUUCCCGGAAGAUUGAUGCCAAAAUUCUUGUCUCCAAUUUAUCUGAUGGAUAUGUUCAAGAUCUUGAAAAAGAAUUCCCAGUUGGAAAACUUGUAAUUGGCAGGGUGUCAUCUGUAGAGCUGCUAUCGAAGCGAGUUGAAGUGACAUUGAAGUCAUUGGGUGCAACCAGUGCGACACAAUCUGGAAGUAAUAAUAGCUUGCAUGUUGGAGAUAUUAUCUCUGGCAGGGUAAAACGGGUGGAGCGAUAUGGUUUAUUCAUCACGAUUGACAAUACAAACGUGGUUGGACUAUGCCAUGUGUCAGAGCUUUCAGAAGAUAAAGUAGAGAAUAUUGAAACCAAGUACAGAACAGGAGAGAGGGUGACAGCAAAAGUAUUGAAGGUGGACAAAGAUAGGCACCGAAUUUCUCUUGGGAUGAAGGAUGUAUAUAUCAUGGAAAAUAAUGACCUUCAAACGUCCUCAGAACAAGAUCCUGAUGAAGACAUUAUAGAAAAUGGCAUAACGGAUGGUAGUUUGUCUGCAAUGUUUCCUGGAAGCAGUUCGUUUUGUACCCAAAACAUGGAUGUUGAAUAUGAAAAUGCAGAGCCUCAGUUUCUUGCACAAGCAGAAUCAAGAGCUUCUGUUCCUCCUCUUGAAGUCACUCUUGAUGACUUAGAGCAAUUCAACGGUGAUAAUAUUGUUAGUCAAGAUCAAGAACAUCCUGAUGUGGACACUGUCAAUGAAAAGAAAAAGCAGCUUACAAAGAAAAAAGCUAAGGAAGAAAGGGAGCGUGAGAUAAGGGCUGCCGAGGAAAGACUGUUGGAGAAGGAUAUACCAAGAACUGAUGAGGAGUAUGAGAAACUAGUUAGAAGUUCUCCAAAUAGCAGUUAUGUUUGGAUAAAGUACAUGGAAUUUGUUCUCUCUACGGCUAAUGUUGAGAAGGCACGCUCUAUUGCCGAAAGGGCUUUGCGAACAAUAAACUUCCGAGAAGAGAAUGAGAAGCUCAAUAUUUGGGUGGCCUAUUUUAAUUUGGAAAACAAAUAUGGAAGUCCUCCAGAGGAGGCUGUAAUGAAAGUCUUCCAAAGAGCAGUGCAGUAUAAUGAUCCCAAAAAGGUUCAUCUAGCACUCUUAGGAGUGUAUGAAAGGACUGAGCAACACAGGUUGGCUGAUGAGCUAUUUGAUAAAAUGAUCAAGAAGUUCAAGAAGUCUUGCAAGGUUUGGCUAAGGCGGGUCCAGAUGCUCUUGACACAACAGCGGGAUGGGAUUCAGGAUGUUGUCAGUCAGGCUGAAAAAGUCCUUCCCAAGCAUAAACAUAUCAAAUUCAUUUCACAGACAGCCAUCCUUGAGUUUAAAUGUGGAAAUCCAGAGAGAGGGCGAUCCAUGUUUGAAAAUAUUUUGCGGAAUAAUCCAAAGAGAACAGACUUGUGGAGCGUCUAUCUUGAUCAAGAAAUUCGACUUGGAGAUGGUGAUCUGAUACAUGCACUAUUUGAGCGGGCAACUAGUUUGAGCCUCCCAGCAAAAAAGAUGAAAUUCUUAUUCAAUAAGUAUCUGCAGUAUGAGAAGUCUCAUGGUGAUGAAGGGAAGAUCGAAUAUGUGAAACAGAAGGCAAUGGAUUAUGUGAAUUCUGUGGCUUGAUAUCAAUUGUUCCUCUCACAUGAAGGAGAAGUUUCCUGAUUCAGAUUGCUACCCAAAUUAUUUGUCAACCUUGUACAAGAGAAACGAGGUUAUUGUCAGUUAUCGCCAUCAUGACACCACUAUCUCCACCACCACACUUGCAAUGCUGUUUCAGCUUUUUGAGGAGGCUAUAUGGCAGGAUGUAGAAGGGUACCAUUGUAAAGAUGGAGAAGGUACCCUUGAUCCUUGUCAGAAAUAACAGACGACGAUGUAAGAUUUACGUAGGAUCACCGUUCUUAUUAUAUUUGUUACUCUGAAACUGUGAAAUUGGUUUUCCACCGGGGGUGGAGUUUUGCUCUCUUUUGUAUUCUUGGGAAUUGUUAGUUAAUAGAAUUCUUCAGUUCAGUACAGAUAUUCUAGUGAAAUUGCAAUGAUUUUUUGCUCUA